AUGAAACUCGCAGUUGCUGUAUUGUCAUCAAUCCUGCUUGCAUGCUCGGUUACUAUUGCCAAUCCAAUUGAUCCCAGUGCAACUACAAGUACUGAGGCUAUCACCUCGCCAACUCCUAAUCCAAACGGUAUAGGCAUAAGUGGUCUUGAUCCACUUUCAGAUAGCGUCAAAGAUUUACUCGACAAGUACAUAGAGCUAGAGGAUGAUCGUAAUGAGCAAGGAAAAAAAUGCAAGUUGUUACAAUCUGAAUAUGACAAUCAACAGAAACUGAUAGCGGACUUGGAAACAAAGAUUUAUGUUUUGCUUGAUCUUGAAGCCCAAAAAUCCAAACUUGCCGAUUUUGGAAAAAGUCGUCAAGACUGCGAGUUCAAGUGUAGUGGUUUUGUAGCCGGAAAGAGUAUGAUUGAAAUAGGACUCGUGAAUCUCAUUUUCGGAGAAUCUUGGAAUCCUAGAUCAUUUGAACAGCAGUUUGUUUUCAUCGCCACACAUUCUUCCGUUAUGAGUUACCUUGGCGAAUUAGGUAGUAAAGGACAAUCAUCAGGACGCAGUAAUAAUCUUGGUCAGAAUCAUGGUGAUCAGCAACAACAUCAAAAUCAUGAUGAUCAACAACAACGUCAAGAUUCGCAACCAUUAUUGGAUACACCAUCCGAAUCUGGAUCCUCUGUACAAAGAGUUUCCUCCAAUAGACGAAAAGAUUCCUCCAAGUCUAUGGGUAGAUUUGGAUCAUUCUUUCAGAAAUCCAGACGUGACGAUCCAUCCAAUUGA